CUUCAUCAAAGCAGAAGAUUAUUUCAUAAAAUCUGUUUUUUUCUCUAAAAUUCUUCUGAAAAAAAAAUGGUGUCAUUUGGUUGGGUUUUCUUGAUAUUUACUCUGUUGAUGGUGGGGUUGGUUAGCUCUUCAAGAUUUGAAGAGCUGUAUCAGCCCAGCUGGGCUUUUGACCAUUUGACAACUGAAGGAGAAAUUCUCAGGAUGAAAUUGGACCAUCUUUCUGGUACUGGGUUUCAAUCAAAGAGCAAAUAUAUGUUUGGGAAAGUUACUAUUCAGAUCAAGCUUGUUGAGGGUGACUCUGCUGGAACUGUCACUGCAUUCUAUAUGUCAUCAGAUGGACCAACCCACAAUGAGUUUGAUUUUGAGUUUCUAGGUAACACAACUGGUGAACCAUACACUGUACAGACCAAUGUUUACGUUAAUGGAGUUGGUAACAGGGAACAAAGAUUGAAACUUUGGUUCGAUCCAUCUAAGGAUUUCCACUCUUAUUCCAUUAUGUGGAACCAGCGCCAAGUUGUAUUCUUGGUAGAUGAGACCCCAGUUCGUGUGCACUCGAAUUUGGAGCACAGAGGGAUUCCAUUCCCCAGGGAUCAACCAAUGGGUGUGUACAGUUCGAUAUGGAAUGCGGAUGAUUGGGCUACUCAAGGCGGGCUUGUCAAGACAGAUUGGUCACACGCGCCCUUUGUGGCAUCCUACAGGGGAUUUGAGAUUAACGGGUGCGUGUGUUCAGCAACUGCUGCAGCUGCUGAGAAUACUCGGCGGUGCAGCAGUAACGGUCAAAAGAGGUAUUGGUGGGAUGAACCUAUUAUGUCCGAAUUGAACUUGCACCAGAGCCACCAGCUGAUUUGGGUGAGGGCGAACCAUAUGGUUUAUGAUUAUUGCACAGAUACUGCUAGGUUCCCUGUUGCCCCUGUUGAGUGCCAGCACCACCAGCACAAAAAGACUACUCAUUACUAGCCGGCCACACAUCUUGCUUGGGAAUUGGGGUUCAGUCUUGCAUUGUAUAAAAUAUUAGACUAAAAGAAAAUGACAUGAACUCCAUGUUACAUAUUUUUGGUGCUACUUCAUCUUGUAGUGUGUAAAAAAUUUCAUUCUCUCUUUGUUUAAUGUUUUAUGUUAAUUAUUAUAAUGGAGUAUUUUCAUUUGCUUUCUA